ACAGUAACAGCGUCGACUCGCCUCCGUUUCUCAACGUCCCUGAACAUUCGCCCCGCAGUGAGUGGUGAGACGUUGGUGGUGCUGGUGCUGCUGCUGGUCUAAAACGACAACAUUUAAAACGGUGACUUUUAUCGAAUAUUGUAGCCGUCAAAGAAGCCACACACACACACGACAACAACAACAACAAUUUUAAGAGUUUAUUUUUCUCUUCUAUAUAAAAGAAACCGCAACGGAGGUUUUGGUUGGUUGGUGUUGGUGGUGAGGCAACUGGCUUAGAUGGCUACGGACGAGGCCUUUGAGGAGUUCCCACUGCAGGGCCUCCUGCCCAAGCGCGAGACCGGCGCGGCCUCCUUCCUAGCCCAGUAUCCCGAGCACGACGGCCGCGGUGUCCUCAUCGCCAUCCUCGACACGGGCGUCGAUCCAGGAGCGCCGGGGUUGCAGGUGACCUCCGAUGGCCGCCCCAAGAUCAUCGACAUCAUCGACGCGACGGGCAGCGGGGACGUGGACACGUCCACGGUGGUGCGGCCCUGCCGUGGGACCAUUCAGGGCCUGUCGGGACGGACGCUCAAGGUUCCGGAUUCGUGGGUGAACCCUACCGGCCUCUAUCACAUUGGGGUGAAGCAAGGCUAUGAGCUCUUCCCUAAGCCGCUGCGAGAACGCAUCCAGAAGGAGAGGCGGGAGCAGCUGUGGGACGCGCCGCACCGCCGUGCCGUCUCCCUCGCCAGCAGGGAGCUCGACGCGUUCACCACCACCACCACCACCACCACCGCCACCACCGCCGCCGCCGGUGCCGGCGCCGCCGCCGGCACCGGCGGCGGCGCCGGCACCGGCAGCAGCAGCAGCAGCAGCCAGCAGACAGUGGUCAGCCCCAGCGGGGCACUUUCUGAGGCUGAGCGUCUGCGCCGUGAAGAGCUGCAGUGCCGUGUGGAGCUACUGGCCACGCUGGACAAGCGCUAUUGGGACGCAGGCCCCGUGUACGACUGCCUCGUCUGGCACGAUGGCACCACCUGGAGGGUGUGUGUGGACACGAGCGAGCGUGGGGAGCUGUGCGAAUGCUCCGUGCUGCGGUGCUACCGGGAGCAGCAGGAGCACGCCUCGCUCAGCAGGGCAGCCAUGCUCAACUACUCCGUGAGCGUCUACCAGGACGGAGACCUCCUCACCAUCGUCACCAACUCUGGCGCCCACGGCACCCACGUUGCGAGUAUUGCUGCGGGGUUUUUCCCCGAGGAGCCGGAGCGGAGUGGAGUGGCACCCGGAGCGCAGAUCCUGGCCAUCAAGAUCGGAGACUCACGGCUCAACACCAUGGAGACCGGCACCGCACUCAUACGCGCGAUGAUCGAGGUGAUGAAUCACAAAUGCGACCUCGUCAACUACAGCUACGGUGAAGCGGCUCACUGGCCCAACGCGGGGCGUGUGUGCGAGGUGAUCACGGAGGCGGUGAACAAGCACGGCGUGGUGUUUGUGUCCAGCGCCGGCAACAACGGACCCUGCCUCUCCACCGUGGGCUCACCGGGCGGAACGCUGCCCUCAGUCAUCGGUGUGGGGGCCUACGUCUCUCCGGACAUGAUGGUCGCUGAGUACUCACUGCGGGAGAAGCUGCCAGGCAACCAGUAUACUUGGUCAUCACGCGGACCCUGCGUGGACGGCUCUCUGGGGGUGUGUGUGAGCGCGCCGGGCGGCGCCAUCGCCGCAGUGCCCAACUGGACGCUGCGAGGGACCCAGCUGAUGAACGGCACCUCCAUGUCCUCUCCCAACGCCUGCGGUGGCAUCGCGCUCAUCCUGUCGGGACUGAAGUCCCUGGGAGUGCCCUACUCACCGCACUCGGUGCGACGGGCCCUGGAGAACUCAGCGGUGCGGCUGGGGGACAUCGAAGUCUUUGCUCAGGGCCACGGACUCAUCCAGGUGGACCGAGCGUUUGACCUGCUCGUGGCGAGUGCCGGCUCGCCCUGUGCCCUGCUGCGAUUCUCCGCGAGCGUCGGCUCUCUGCGUGGAGUUUACCUGCGGGAGGCCGAGCAGCUGGGCUCCGCUCACGAGUACGGAGUGUCCAUCGAGCCGACGUUCCCCGAGGGCACCGACAACGAAGUGAAGAUCGGCCUGCAGCUGCACCUGGCUCUGGCUUGUUCAGCGCCGUGGGCUCGCUGCCCAUCCCACCUGGAGCUGAUGAACCAGGCACGGCACGUGUCCCUGCAAGUCGACCCGCGGGGCCUACCUGAGGGCCUGCAUCACACAGAGCUCUGCGCCUACAACAUCGCCAGUCCCCAGAUGGGCCCGCUGGUUCGGUUCCCCAUCACGGUCAUCGUUCCCACUCGGUACGCUGAGCACCACACCCUCACUAUGUGGGUCUCUGUGUGGUGA